GAGAAAACUUAAGCUGCUGAGAGCACGAGCCUCUCAGGAGGAACAGGUACAUGGAGCAGGAUAUGAAGAGGACAGAAGCAGAAAUUCUCUGAAAAGAGUUGUUUUGAUCAUCUCAGGAAGGACCUGUGUCUAUUCAGCUCAGUGCAUUGCCAAGGGAGGUGGAAAAAGCAGACAAUUGAGAAUGUGCUGAGAGGCACCGAGACUCUACAGGUGCAGUUCUUUGUUGUAUACACCUGUGUGAAGGAGACUGGAGGAGCAACAUUUACAAAGUGACAAAGAAAAUCCCUGUUCAGAGAGAGAACGUCACUGAGAGGCCGUGAGAGGGCCUCUACUACUAUUACAACACCGCUACGCUACGUAAGGAUGAUUAUGGGUCUUUUUUAAUGGUGAUUUCCUGACAAUUGCUGCACUAAAGUUAGGCCAGUCAUAUUGACAAGGCACACACCACUGACCAUGCAUCCGGCUGGACUAGAACAGGACGACUGCUUUGAUUUCUUGUUCAAGAUUAUUCUGAUUGGAGACACAAACGUAGGCAAAACCUGUGUGGUUCAGAACUUUAAGACUGGAAUCUUCUCAGAGAGGCAACAGAACACCAUUGGCGUGGACUUCACUGUGCGGACUCUCAAUAUAGAGGGUAAAAAAGUAAAGAUGCAGGUUUGGGAUACUGCAGGGCAGGAGCGGUUCCGCACCAUCACCCAGAGUUACUACCGCAGUGCGCAUGGUGCCAUGAUCGCCUACGACAUCACCCGCAAGGCCACCUUCGACUCCAUCCCACACUGGAUCAAUGAAGUGGAGAAGUACGGGGCCGCCAACGUCCUUCUAGCCCUUAUAGGUAACAAAUGUGACCUGGAGCCUGAAAGACAGGUUCACUUCAAUGAGGCGUGCUCUUUAGCAAAAGAGAGAGGGAUUUUAGUAGCUCUUGAAACCUCAGCAAAGGAGAGCCAGAACGUAGAGGAUGCUUUUGUGAUGAUGGCCCGCGAACUGCUGGCACGGAACGGACUAGCAGUGAAAGAGGACGAUUUUCGGGGCAAUUCACCACAUAUCCUACUGCGCUCCAGCUCCAGGCCCAUUAACUGUCCCACACAACCCCCUGCGAAAAAGGGGUGUGAGUGCUAAUACAUGGAAAGACUCUAAAAUCAGAGACUAUUGAAUAACAUGUUACAUUUUCCGUUGUUUGGGCAUCUAAAAGGUCGAUCGACCAGUAUGGAAGUGGUAACAGUGACUUCUCAGUGGCUACAUGCCUACAGCAUCUGAAGCACUGGGUUGAAACUGUAAGUGUAUUCUUUUUAUGGUGAUUGGUCAGUUUUUGCCAGUUUAUGAAUCAUACAAGAGCUUAUUUUGAAAAACAAGAUUCUUUUAUCUGACCAGCCAAAUCUGAAAACGUGACAAAAAAGAGUCACCUAUGGGAUAAUCUAUUGUAUAGUCACCAGCCACUUCAUUAGAAACCUCAGUGCACCAUUAGAGACUGUUGUGUUAGCCGUCCUCUUGCCCUUCAUCAAUGGUCAGUUUGUGACCACAGAGCUGCUCUUAGCUGGAUGUUUUUGGGUAGUGGACCACUCUUAGCCUAGCAGUGACACUUAAAUGUUGGUCACACAAUGGUUCAUCACUCAAAUAAUAGGAACAAACAAACGUGGCAUUUUUCUGUGAAUUUUGAGUUGUGAACAAUGAGUUUAACACAUUGGAAGAUACAGACUGCAUUUUAUAGUUUAUUCUUUCCAAUAUUAUUAAAUUCAGCAAAUAAAUAGUUGAAAUAAACUGUCCAUUAAAAGUUUACUUAUUUACACAAAACAUCAUUUAAACAGUCACCCAAGAUUUUGCAUGCCACUGUAUAUGGAGCAAAAAGUGACCACUGAGUGGACAUACAAUGUGUUUCUAAUAAAGUGGAUGGUGAAUGUACGCAGCUUUAAAUCUCCAUCAGAUUCACACUGUAGCUCAAGCUCUGGUUAGGACACUAGUGAAUAGCACUCACCUCUACAUGAAUGAAUCUGAGGCAGAGACAGCAAAGCACCCGACUCUUAUAGGAACAUUUAAAGGCAAAGUUUGUUCACCAUUGACCACAGAGGCCAAUGUUUGGAAAAAUAUGAUCCAUCCUGUCAUAUACAUGUUUAUGUCUCUGGCCACUACUACUGGUCAUGGAUGAAGGAUAAACAUAAUGGUUUGGGAGAUGCACAGAGAUGCAUCUAGCAAAAUGAAAGGCAAUUUCUUCGACUUUUUCAACGCAAAAGAAGAAUCAAAAAGAUGGAACCCAUAAUUAAACCAUGUUCCCCCCAA